GCGGCCGCCGCCCGCCGCACUCCGCGCCCGCCCCGCCACUGUGCCGGCCAUGGAGCCCCAGGCCCCCCGCCGCCGCCACACCCACCAGCGCGGCUACCUGCUGACGCGGAACCCGCAUCUCAACAAGGACUUGGCUUUUACUCUGGAAGAGAGACAGCAACUGAACAUUCAUGGAUUGUUGCCGCCUUGCUUCGUCAGCCAGGAGAUCCAGGUCCUUAGAGUCAUUAAGAACUUUGAGCGUCUGAACUCUGACUUCGACAGGUAUCUUCUGUUGAUGGAUCUGCAAGAUAGAAAUGAGAAGCUGUUUUAUAGUGUGCUGAUGUCUGAUAUUGAGAAAUUCAUGCCUAUUGUGUACACUCCCACCGUGGGGCUCGCAUGCCAGCAAUACAGUUUGGCAUUCCGGAAGCCAAGAGGCCUCUUCAUCAGUAUCCAUGACAAAGGGCAUAUUGCUUCGGUUCUUAACGCAUGGCCAGAAGAUGUCGUCAAGGCUGUUGUGGUGACUGAUGGGGAGCGGAUUCUCGGCUUAGGAGACCUUGGAUGUAAUGGGAUGGGCAUCCCUGUGGGUAAACUGGCCCUGUACACAGCAUGUGGAGGGGUGAAUCCACAACAGUGUCUGCCUGUCAUUUUGGACGUGGGAACUGAAAAUGAGGAGUUACUUAAAGAUCCACUGUACAUUGGACUGCGACAGAGGAGAGUGAGAGGUCCUGAAUAUGACAAGUUUUUGGAUGAAUUCAUGGAGGCAGUUUCUUCCAAAUAUGGCAUGAAUUGUCUUAUUCAGUUUGAAGAUUUUGCCAAUCUGAAUGCAUUCCGUCUCCUGAACAAGUAUCGAAACAAGUAUUGCACAUUUAAUGAUGACAUUCAAGGAACAGCGUCUGUUGCAGUUGCGGGUCUCCUUGCAGCUCUUCGAAUAACGAAGAACAAGCUCUCUGAUCAGACAGUGCUGUUCCAGGGAGCUGGAGAGGCUGCCUUGGGGAUCGCCCACUUGAUUGUUAUGGCCAUGGAGAAAGAAGGUUUAUCAAAAGAGAAAGCUAUCAAAAAGAUAUGGUUGGUCGACUCAAAAGGAUUAAUAGUCAAGGGACGUGCUUCUCUCACGGAAGAAAAAGAGGUGUUUGCCCAUGAACAUGAAGAAAUGAAGAACCUAGAAGCCAUUGUUCAAAAGAUAAAACCAACUGCCCUCAUAGGAGUGGCUGCAAUUGGUGGUGCUUUCACAGAACAAAUUCUCAAGGAUAUGGCUACCUUCAAUGAGCGGCCUAUCAUUUUUGCUUUGAGUAAUCCAACCAGCAAAGCAGAGUGUUCUGCAGAGCAGUGCUAUAAAGUGACCAAGGGCCGUGCAAUCUUUGCCAGCGGCAGCCCUUUUGAUCCAGUCACUCUUCCGGAUGGACAGACUCUGUUUCCCGGCCAAGGCAACAAUUCCUACGUGUUCCCUGGAGUUGCCCUUGGGGUGGUGGCCUGUGGACUGAGACACAUCACUGAUAAGGUCUUUCUCACCACCGCUGAGGUCAUAGCUCAGCAAGUGUCAGAUAAACACUUGGAAGAAGGCCGGCUCUAUCCUCCUCUGAAUACCAUCCGGGAUGUUUCGUUGAAAAUUGCAGUAACGAUCGUGACAGAUGCAUACAGAGAAAAGAUGGCCAGUGUUUAUCCUGAACCUCAAAACAAAGAAGAAUUCGUCCGCUCCCAGAUGUACAACACUAAUUACGACCAGAUCCUACCUGAUUGUUAUUUGUGGCCCGAGGAAGUCCAGAAAAUACAGACCAAAGCCAACCAGUAACACAGCAGCUAGAAUUUCUAACCUUAUUAAUAAGACCUUGAAGUUUUCGUACUUUUUCAGGGUUGGAUCUUUUUUUGAUGAUUCAUAGCGUGCUUAGACUAAGGUGACUUUAGUUUAACAAUCAGAUUUGCGGGAGUAUAUUAAG